AUGUCCUUCUUGAGGAAUUUCUUCGGUACCACGGCUACGCCUGUUGCGCCCAAGGACGAGAAGACCCCCGUCCGCGCUCUACCUGCUUCCUGGUACACCUCCCAGGACAUGUACGAGCUGGAGCGACGAUCGAUUUUCUCCCGUAAAUGGCUUCUCACCACACACAAGCACCGCGUCGCCAACCCCGGCGACUCAGUUCGAUACGAUGCCGCUGGCUUCGAGUUCAUCAUUGUCAAGGACAACCAAGGCACCAUCAGCGCUCUCCUCAGUGACGACCUCUCCCCUGUCCACAUGCACAUUGACCGAAACGGUUUCAUUUGGGUCAACAUGGACGCAGCCGAGACCCCCGAGGUAGCAUGGAAAGACGACUUUGACGGCGUGGACGAGCAGCCCCGAUUCGACUACUACAACUUCGACGAUUACAACUUCGACCACACAUGGGAUAUGGAGGGCGAAUUCAACUGGAAGAUCCUGGCAGACAACUACAACGAAUGCUACCACUGCCUAGUCGCGCACCCGGAUAUCCCCACAAUCGCCGAUCUGAACUCAUACUACGUCAAGACGAAGGACGGCCACAUCCAGCACUAUGGCGCGGCUCGCGAAGACCAGAUCGCAAAGGGUUUCCGCAUAGCGACUACGUACUUCUGGCCCAACGCUUCGUUCAACAUCAGUCCCAACUUCUUCUUCAUGCAGCGCUUUACCCCUACCAGCCCGACUCAGUGUGUUAUGCGGUACGAGGUCUAUCGGCACAAGGAUGCGACUGAUGAGGCGUUCAACCUUAUCAGCGAUAUGUACAAGCGGAUCAUGUCGGAGGACAAGUACCUUUGCAUUGCUUCACAGAAGAACCUCAAUGCUGGUGUCUUCGUCAACGGCGAGUUGCACCCUGAGAUGGAGGCGGGUCCUCUUCACUUCCAGAAGACCGUGCGUGAGGUGGUCACAGAACACCACAAGAAGGAGAGAGAGGCCGGGCAUGAGAUUUGGCCCGCUGCCGAGCGUUUCCAGAGCAAGAAUACCAGCCAAGAGACUGCUGCACCUCCUCAAACGGCUCUUGAAAGCUGGAGCGUGGAAAAGAAUGAGAUGAAGGACUCUUUGCAAGGGAGCUUUGCUCCGGCGAUUGCGGUUUGA